UCUGAACUCACGUGCUCGCGCCGGCCGGAAGAGACGUGGGAGGAGGUUGGCGACGCGUGCAGUCUCUCAACGACCUGGGCCGAGAGAGGAGCGGCAGCAUGGACUUCAAGGAGACUUCGGCGACGCUCUCGGGGUUCUUGUUUAGCGCGCUCGCUUUCCAGCAUCUUAACUCCAAGACCGACACGGAAGGUUUUCUUCUUGGAGAAAUAAGAGAUGAUUCAAAGGACAACAUUAAUGAUGAUCCAGGCUUUUCAGUGACUGAGAUUGAAACUGUUUCUGUAGUUGACAUACAAAGGUACAUUCCAUGCUAUCAGCUUUUCAGCUUUUAUAACGCAUCAGGUGACAUCAAUGAACUGGAACUGAAGAAGAUCAUCCAAUGCUAUGAAAAGAACGUGAUCGGAUGGUACAAAUUCAGACGUAAUUCAAACCAAAUAGUGACAUUUCGAGAGAGCGUUAUUCACAAAAAUUUAGAACAGUCUCUUUCAAAGCAAGGACUUAUUUUUCUGUUACUGACAUCCAGCAUCACUACAGAAAACUACUCUACUCAUAGACUGGAUCACGUAUUGUUCAAAUAUCAUGAAGGGAUCUUCAAUAAAGUGCCUUUACUGGUGACCAGCUUAAGUAUGUCAGAGGAGCAGGGCUAUAAGACUCUGUCUGGUUGUUGUAGCUCCAACGCCUUUUAAGGAGCAAUCAAUACAAACAGCUCAGAGUUUUUCAAUGAAGACGGAACUUUAAAAGAGGUACAGAAUAUAAAGGAACUUUGCAUCACUGUGCAGGAAGAAUUAAAGGAAAUAACCUCUGAAGUAUUAGACAGUGAGAACUCAGUAGAACAACUAACAAAGGAUAUAAAUAUACUAAAAGAGAAACUUGCAUUAAAGAAGGAGACUUUGGAGACUGAAGAAGGAGCAGGAGGAAGCGGUGACCCAGAAACAGAAGAGAAUGUUUUACUCUGUCAAGCUUUCCGUAAAUUUUUCCCAAAUCAAGAGCUUCUUCGUUCAUGUGUUGUUUGUUUGAAAGGCAAGCAGAUUGCUAGCAAGUCCUGUACCACUGAACAAAAGCACAGUGAAUUGGAUAAAUUAACCCUGAUGGUAGGAAGCUCUGAUUCUUCAGAUGAUGAGGAAGCAGUAAGAUCUAGCUUUAAACGUAAAUAUAUGGAGUGUGAAGAUUUUGAUGUUGAGGAUGAAAGGCCAUUCAAGAAAGUAGGUCUGUUAACAUUUGAGUCCCCUCCAAAAGUUGAUGAUAGUAGUGAUGAUGAUGAUGAUGAUGAUGAUGACAGUAGUGAUGAUGACAGUGAUGAUGACAGUGAUAGUGAUGAUAGCGAUAGCGAUGAUGAUGAUGAUGAUGAUGAUGAUGUUGACAUCGACAGUGAUAGUGAUAGUGAUAGUGAUAGUGAUACUGAUAGGGGUGUAGAGGAGAUUGAAGAUUCUGACAAAGAUGAUAUCAUUGAAUGUCCAGACUCACCACCUUUCUAAACCUGUUCAUAUAAUUGUUCUUACUGUCUUCACUAACUAAAAGUGAGCAGAGAAAAAAGUUUACUGUUACUAAUUAGAUAAGUUCUGAUAAUUUUCUUAAAAUGACAAAAGUUUUUGGAAAACUUGCUGUAUCGGUAACGUGGCAAUCUUUUAUUGCUAUUACAGUAUUCUAA